CUCCUCUCGGCUCCGCUCGGCUCCUCUGAUGUUGUCUGUCGUCGUCCCUCUCGUCCUCCUCUCAGUGUUGUUGUUCCCGGUGACGCGGCGGAGGUGUAGCCUGACGCGGGCUCUUACGUGUCGGCCUGAAUAAAAGUGGAGCUCCGGAGCCCCGGGAGUGACGAAGCGAGUUGUGUCGGUUACAAAUGAAGAUGGAGGCUGGCGCAGACACUCAGCAAAGUGGUGACACGGCUGUCUCCGAGUCUGAGGCCCAGCACAUCACCCUGGCCCAGGCGUCCAUCGCUGCAGGCCAGGUGACCACCAGUGGUCCCACAGUCACCUUAGUGCAGCUACCCAACGGUCAGACGGUGCAGGUGCACGGAGUGAUCCAGGCUGCACAGCCCUCUGUGAUCCAGUCCCCUCAGGUCCAGACCGUACAGAUUUCGACUAUUGCCGAGAGCGAAGACUCUCAGGAGUCCGUGGACAGUGUGACGGACUGUCAGAAGAGGAGAGAGAUCCUGUCCAGACGACCGUCGUACAGGAAGAUUCUGAACGACUUGUCGUCGGACGCUCCGGCCGUGCCUCGAAUUGAGGAGGAGAAGUCGGAGGACGACUCGGCUCCCACCAUCACCACCGUCACCAUGCCGACCCCCAUCUACCAGACCAGCAGCGGCCAGUACAUAGUUGCCAUAACGCAGGGCGGGGCCAUCCAGCUGGCCAAUAACGGCACAGAUGGAUUGCAGACUCUGACCAUGGCCAACGCCGCUGGGGGACAGUCGGGUGCCACCAUCCUGCAGUACGCUCAGACCAGCGACGGCCAGCAGAUCCUGGUGCCUAGCAACCAAGUGGUCGUACAAGCUGCUUCUGGAGACGUCCAGGCCUAUCAGAUCCGCACAGCCCCCGCCAGCUCCAUCACGUCCGGGGUGGUGAUGGCGACCUCGCCCGCUCUGGGCUCAGGGGGAGGCACGGAGGAGGUCACGCGUAAAAGGGAGGUCCGACUUAUGAAAAACAGGGAGGCCGCCCGCGAGUGUCGCAGGAAGAAGAAGGAGUACGUCAAGUGUCUGGAGAACCGCGUGGCCGUGCUGGAGAACCAGAACAAAACCCUCAUCGAGGAACUGAAAGCCCUCAAAGACUUGUACUGCCACAAAUCAGAGUAGAAUCGUCACCAAACGCCUGCCAGGAGCCGGCUCGGUGCCCGUCUGCCGCCCCGUACAGAGACUCAGCUCAGAGACGCUCCUGGACGCCACCGCCCCUUUUCUACUCUUUGCUUUCUUUAUAAAGACUGCGGGAAAUCUGUAAAGUGACUCACCAGGAUUACAACAAAAUGACACCCCUCUCUUCUCCCGUCACCGGUUUUAAAUCCUAAAUCUGUUCCCCUCGGGCUGACGGCGUGGCGAGCGGAAGCGGUGGAGGCCUCGGCUCUACGGGGUCCUCGUGGUGAAGUGGUGGAACGGACAAUGAGGCGUUUUUUGUUUCACGCCGCCAAAGGGAAGCGUUCCAGUCACUGGACGAAAUGGGCGACAUCACCAGCAACGGGGGACUGCUCGAUCACGUCACCACCGACGACGGACAUUUUUACACUUUCAAAUCCUGAGACGCUCUGAAGUCUCGGUUUCCUUUUUGUGCGACGUUUGUUAUCGUAACUGAGCUCUCGCAUUAACAUCUGUUACUUACUAAUGCUUUGAACUAUAGAUUGGCUGCGUCAUGGAUAUUUUAUCUUUUGGUUUAUGUGUAAGAUUCUCUGCUCUGAUGAUGCCAUUUACUUUCUGUUAAACGUUUGUUUACCUUGCCUUGAUACAUGGAACAGAAAACUGACCCUCGGGUUGUGACAUUCGGUUCAUGUUAGUUGCAGCUUUAAGAAACGCGGUUAAGGCUGGAGGACGUGGACGGCACUGAAUCUGGAAAUCCCACAUGUAAAAUCACUGAUUUCUUCACGUGUUCUCGGCCAUAACUGAUUUAAAAUUACAACCAUCUUCUCAAAAGCCCCCAAAUGAAACAGAGUGGCGGAUCAAUUUGAACAGUCGGAGUUUGUUCACGGUAAUUUAGAGAAACAAACGACUUCCUCUCAUAUUUUAUCUGCCUCCUGUUGGUUAAAAUAGGAAACUCGUUGCUGGUGCAAAUAUUGUAUAAACAAAAUCAUUUUUUUAAAUUGUCAUCUAUAUUUGUUUUUCAGUUCGCCCGGUUUUUAAAGUUAGUUUCAUGAAUUCUGAAAAACUAAAAAAAGAGCCUUGUGUUGAUGCAACAGGAGAAACAUUUCACAUUUCAGAGACACGCAGCCCUUGACUCCUGUGUCUGUGUAUUUUACUCUUUGCAAUACUGCCACCGUUUUUUAAUUUUUAUUUUGGGAACGCUUCAAAUAAUUCAGUAUCCGAUUGUUGACAACCAAGACGCCUGUAUGUCGAGGUGUCAAGAUUGUGUUUACAGGAUUAGAGGCAUUCGCACUUUCUUUGCUUAUACAAUCCGACCACAUUUCACACUGCGUCAUCUCGCCACCGCCGCCGGGUGAGGAGCCUCUUUAGGGUUUUACACAGAGAAGCAGUUUUUCAUCACUAAGUGUCUGUCGGCGUUCUGUUGUUAAUUAUCAUCACAUAUUGAUCAGGAUGGGUUAUCAGUUCUCACCAAACCUCCGCUCCAGGACAGCAAAGUGCGACCAAAUGUAAAACACAAGGACUUGACAGUGAGCAGAGUGGACGUGUUCAUGCUGACAGAGUCGUACAGUAUUCUUUUAGGUAUUAUGUAUAGUCAUGACAGUAAUAUGCUUUUUUUAUGUUGCUUUUGGAUUUUUGUAUACACAGUUUCUAAAUGUCAGCACCAACUUGUAUGAUACAGUGCAUUAUGUCAGAGCUAUUCAAAUAUUACAUUUUUGGCAGCUGGUAAUAAAUGUGUUUCUGGUAAAA